GUGGGAUGAGAGAGCUAGUCCCCCGGGUGAGGAAGGGGCAGCCCGGGGUCCGCGGCGUGGGAGGGGGAGGCUCAGGGCGUCCCGCUGCCCUCUCGGGUUUCCUGGGCCCCCUCCCGGCUCGGUGCCGCUUUCGCUUUCGGCGGCGGCUCCGCCGCGGCCCGAGGGGUCCCGGAGGGGGUCCCGGGGGUGGCUCCGGGAGCGCUCGCGGGUCCCCGUGCGCCAUCCCCAGCUCAGCACCGCGAUGGACUUGCCCCCCCCCCGCUCUGCUCUGGUGCCGCUCCUGCUCCUUCUGGCCGUGCCCACCCCCAGCAGCUGCUGCUCCUUCGGCUUUAACCCCAUCAGCAGCACCUUCAGCGCCCACCUGAACAACCUGACCCCCUGGCUGCUCCUCGACUACCCUGUGGCGAUGCCCAGCAACCUGGAGCCGGUGAGCGAGAACCCUCCGAAUCCCACGUGUGCCCCCCCAAAUCCCUCCCUGUUCCUGCAGCCCCGGACACCUCUGACCCCUGUCCCUCCAAAUCCUCAACUGCCCCGGCCUCCCCAGGACAGUGCCUGCUCUGAUCUCUGGGGGCUUCACUUUGGGGCACUGGCUCUGCAGCGAAUGUUGGGGGUGGCAGGGAAGGAUUUGGCCCCCCUGCUCAGGACCCUCCUUGCCCAGCUCCACUUCGUAGCCGAGUGUCACAUCCAGGACCCCCAGGGCUGUGUCCAGCUGGAGAUGGUGAAUGUGUCGCAGCUCCUGGAGACCCUCGUGCAGCACCUGGGGGGGCUGCAAGGGAGACCCCCCCACUUCCCUGGCUGUGCCCGCUUGCGCUGCCAUCCAGGCCCGGCGCUGAUCAGCCCAGCAGUGCGGCACGAGGGGACCUUGGGGGCCAGGCAGGGACCCCCCAGCCCCGCUGGACACGGGCUGGUGCUGCUGGGGGGAGUUGGGGGGGCCCUGGGCCUGGUGGCACUGGUCUGGGUACUGUGGAGGAGACCCUGUGCCCAGGAUGGGACCUGAGUGGCCGAGUGGUACUUGGGGACAGACACAGGCUGGCCUGAGCCACUGGUGAGAGACGGGGACCCUCCAGUUCCCUGCUGGAAGCCCUUGGGAGCUACACCGAGAUCUCCCGGAGCGACGGAGAGACGAGGGGGCCCAGCCUGGCCCCGUGCAGUGCCCAUAAAGCUGAUGUUGACA